UUUUGGUUCAUGUGGAUGGAACUUGAUAAAAGAAAAUACAAUGUGGAGAUUUUCUACAUUUUCGGCACUCAAUUGCAACUUCUUCUAGAAUUCAGGGGUAGUUGGAGUAAUUAUUCAUUCAGAUUUCAGCCUUAAUAAUUUUCUUCAAUCCGCUUUCCCUAUUCCGGACCUUACGUCGCCGCCUUUCCUGCUUUCUGAACCUUGCGAUGCCACAAACCGGAAAGGAAAACCGUAGAGAUAGAGAAGCGUAGGAGAGCGCUCGCACGGUGAAAGAAAAAUUAACAGAGAAACCAGAGUACAAUUCUUUCCUUCUCCUUCCGCCGAGAGCUUUUUUCUCUCUAGAAAAUGGACGACGCUGCGCCGGUGAAUUGGGAAGCUCUGGACGCCCUCGUCAUCGAUUUCGCCACAUCCGAGAAUUUGAUUGAGCAGCAGCCGCAGGAGUCUCUGGCGGAUUCCCCUGCUUCGCCGUUAUCUCCUCUAUCUCCGUCGUCUUCGUCUGUCUCGUCUUCUUCCUCAUCGUCUUACCAUUCCAGGCUGAUCAUUCGCCAGAUCAGGCGGUGCCUAGCGGCGGGGGACAUUGACGCCGGAAUCGAGCUUCUCCGAGCUCACGCUCCUUCCGUUCUCGACGAUCACAGGGUUCUAUUUCGCUUGCAGAAGCAGAAAUUCAUCGAGUUGUUGAGGAAAGGGACGGAAGAGGGGAGAGAUGCUGCGAUUGCUUGCAUAAGGACGGCUCUUGCUCCCUGUGCGCUUGAUGCUUAUCCGGAAGCAUACGAGGAAUUCAAGCAUGUUCUCCUUGCCUUUAUUUAUGACAUACAUGAUCAGAGUUCGCCUGUGGCAAAUGAGUGGUCUGAAAAGAAGAGGUCCGAAAUUGCUGGGUUGAUGACUUCUGUCUUGAGAGCUCAUUUGCAGGCAUAUGAUCCAGUCUUUGCAAUGACAUUGCGAUAUUUGAUAAGCAUACACAAAACCUUUUGCUUUCGUCAAGGAACCACAUCUCCGAUUUCAGACCUUACUGAGAGGUUGCUCAUGGAGGAGCGUGACCCUCCAGCUGUGCCACAGGAGAGUUUUUAUGAGGCACCUCCAUUUGAUGAGGUGAUUACUGUGGACAUUCAAGCUCUUGCACAUGCUGUUGAGCUUACAAGGCAGGGAGCUGUUGAUAGCUUGAGAUAUGCUAAAGGAGACUUGUUUCAGGCGUUCCAGAAUGAAUUAUGCCGAACGAAGUUGGACGUGCCCGUGCUAGAUGAACUUGUUCGAGAGUAUUGUGUCUAUAGAGGCAUCGUUCGCUCGGGCUUUGUGGCAUCUGCUGGUGACUCCCUAACUUAUGCUUGCACUAUGCUAUGUUUUAUCUCAUUUUAAAGGUCGCUUUUUUUUUUAUCUUGAUCUAGUACAGAAGUAGUACUCGUGUCUCACAUUACAUCCAACUCCUUUCAUCUUAGAAUGCAAAGUAAAUCAAUCCGAACCUGGUCGCUUGCCAUCUCAAAACUAUUCUCUUGAAGUGGACCAGGCUACCAGCAUACCUUCAGAUGGUGAAAAUUCUGUAAUCACAAUGCACCUGGAUGUUUCUUCAGAGAAUGAUGUUGUUGUCAAUAGCAGGCCAGAAACUGAUAUUGAGAUGAGAUAUGCUUCUGAAUCAACUGGAAAUUGUGAAGAUUGCAGCACAAGUGAAAUGCAGCAACCUGACAUAUCAAAACUUCUUCAAAGAAAUAGAAACUAUACAAGCGGAGAGAGGAGCAAACGCAAGCGCUGGAGGGGUCGGCAGGAUGAGCAGGAAUAUCUCUCUGGUGUAGCUUACAGUGCAUGCAGCAAGCAAGACCUUGAUGCAGUCGUAGCCAGGGCAGACAUCGGUGGUGAACACCAGGGAAUAGAAAAGCAGUCCACAGAAGACCUAAAUAACACGGAUGAUAGGUAUGAGAUUGUGUUGGGAAUCAAGGAUCUAGCAGCUAGAGGCAUGGCUACAGAGGUUGUGGAACAAGUUAAUGCUUUGGAUCCAAACUUCUUCUCCCAGAAUCAUGCCUUGCUCUUCCAAUUAAAACAGGUUGAAUUCCUCAAGCUGGUCAGUGCUGGUGAUCAGUCAGGUGCUUUGAAGGUGGCCUGCUCGCACAUGGGUCCCUUAGCAGCAAAUGAUCCUUCUCUUCUGAAGCCUUUGAAGGAGACUCUGGUUGUGUUACUCCGUCCACAUGAAGAGAUGCUUGGAAAAGGCUUACCUUUAAAUGCUCUAGCAAAUUCACUCCAGGUCGCAAUUGGUCAAAGGCUUGGCAUUGAAGAACCACAACUCAUGAGGUUAAUGAGAGCAGCCAUGCACACACACAAUGAGUGGUUUAAGCUGCAAAUGUGUAAAGAUCGCUUUGAGGGUCUUAUGAGGAUAGACUCUCUGAAAGAACUCGAGACACCUUUGCUCUCUGCUUGCUCCAUGUUGAGCUCGAAUGCAGAUAGCUCUACUCAGGGUUCCUCCCAAGUUACGACAUCUUCAAGUGCGAGGUUGCCUGAAGAUGGUACAAGUCCGGCUCAAGUCUCAUCGGGAGAAGUCUGUGAUGAAAGCGCAAUACUCAAAGUGAUGGAGUUUCUCGCCUUGCCAAGGGCUGACGCCAUCCAUCUUCUUGCACAGUACAAUGGAAAUGCGGAGACCGUCAUCCAGCAAAUAUUUGCUUAGCUUAGAGUAGUAGGUUCAAGCUUUCAUGUUUUAUUCUUUCAUUUAUUUGCAGAGGGCAUUGCUUGCUGCCCAUCCCUUGUUUGUGACACUUAUCAUAGCAUUAUAUAGAUGUACUCCUUUAUCACUCACCAUUUGAUGUCAUCUGCUGGAUACCGCCAUGGCCUGCUUUUUUAUUGGUCCCAUGUUCUUUUCAUUUUGAUUCUUCUUUCUCGGGGGCAAGUCUUUAGUAAAACAGUAUAUGUCCAUGCCAUACCCUAUGAAAACUAAUCUAUUAUUCUUGUCUCAAAUCAGUUAUUGAGUACAAAGAAUGACAGCUUUAGCGCAGGGGAAACUGAAGGCUUGAGUAUAUGUCUUGCUGAAAAGCAUGCUCAGGCUGCAUUCCUUGGCAGCAACCGCAGCCGGUUCGUAGCGUCCAGUGUCUAGAUUCUUCCGAGUUACAGGGCCCUUCAACAGAUUCUCUCCCACUUUCACUAGAUUAUUCAGAUUCUCCUCUGUAGCCAAGUCUGCGGACACAGUAUCUCCUUGCAGCUUGUCAUCCUGCAAAAGUAUUUGUAACAGAAUUUGGGUUUGAAGAUGCCAUA